AUGGGCGGUUUGAUACCUCUUCUCCUCAAGCCCGCUGCUGCCGGCUCCAGAGGCAGUGUUAUCUUCCCCGUUAACAACACCAGUUCUUCGAGCAGUCCUGCGCCACAGUCAACGGCAUCACCCUCGAUGGCGAGCCCGAGUGGAUUACCGAAGACGCGCAUGUCAAGGCGAUCGAUAUCGCAAGCUCCGGUUCAUCUUCCUGUUUUGCCCUACACCUCUGCUGAGUGGAGCAAGGCCGUCUCUGAUGUCAAGCGGCAAUACCUGAACCGCAAGUACCGGCCAUGCUCUAUGCGGUGCUGUGAGAUUCUGGACAAUAUUAAGAACACUGGCAACAUCGAGCCUGCGUAUCUUAUUUACUUGAACUUCUAUGCCGCUAGCUCAUUUGAAAUGAUUUCUCGGCCCCUGCAUGGCACAUCUCCGUACAAGACGAGACUUCUCCAGCAGGCCCGCGAGCACUAUACGAAAGCAUCUGAGCUGAGCAAGGCUGCCGAUGAGACCAUGUCCCGCUCAUCGCGGCCGUCGUCUGCGGCAACCACUUCCAGCAUGCAUUCUCCCUCGAGCUCUAUCUCAUCUCGCGCCUCUUCCCGGACAUGGACAAAUUCAACAGCAUUUUCCUCGCCCACUCCAUCUGUCUGCUCCGUCGAAGAUGCCGUUAACAAGCUCUCGCAAACCACGCCCCCUCAAAAGAAGCGCGUGACAUUCUCCGACUACCCUGAGGAGCCCAUCUUCCGCCCUGAUUCCCCCACUCUCGGUUUCGACGACUACCUGUCCGCUCCACUCGAGCCCGAGCCGCGUUAUCUUCCCGUGCUUACGGAGCUUCCUGAGCCUUCCGACGAACCCGAGCCGGAGCCAGAAGAGGCUGCGAAGCCGCCCACUCCCGAACCGCUUAGCGAGGACUGUGAGGCCUUCGACUUUCUCCGCGAACGCUCCGUUCAUCGCUACUGCGGUCUGCUCUCCAGCCUGCAAUCCCAGAUCGCAAUCCACAUCGCCGGCAUUGAGGAACAACUCGCCGAGCCGGCUCAAGUCGCCGCUCCAACUACUACCCGCCCUUCUUCGCUCCCACCCAGGGCAGCGACGCCUGACCUCAGCGAUGAGCUGCGCAGCCUGGACAUCAAGGCGCGGAUUGAGCGUCUCCGUCAGAACAACUGGCAGCGUCGCCGGUUUGACGUAAGCCGCUACGAAGCGCUGCGCGAGAGCGCUCUCGCCGACUUGGAGUAA